AUCGUGUCAUAUAAAUGCAUGCAUCGUUGAGCACAUAAAAGGGUGCAGGACUGCUGGGAUGGUUAUUUGAGACUGAACUUUUUACGAGAUAUAUAUACUUGCGCGCUCCCGUGCCAAAGCUCCCUGCGAUCAGGACCAUGGAGAGCUCCAGUCUGUGGACGCGGAUGGCUGUGUGCGCCGUGCUGCUUUGCUUGGUUACAAGUGCAAGAGCGAACGACCCAGACCCAGAUGUGGAGGUUGAAAUGGACACACGAGCCAUCAGAGACUUCUACCCAAAAGACCCAAACCUAACAAAUGAAAAACAGCUUCUCGGGGCUUUGCAAGAAGUUCUGGAAAAGCUGCAGACGAAACGAAUUCCACCUUGGGAGAAGAAAUUUGGUCAAGUUCCCAUGUGUGAUUUGGGGGAACAGUGCGCUAUCAGAAAAGGCUCUCGGAUUGGCAAGAUGUGCGACUGUCCGCGCGGAGCGUUCUGCAACUUUUUCUUGUUAAAGUGUUUGUGAGGGUUACCACAUUGCGGAAUGGAUUGGGAUGGGGAUAAGGGGUUGCAUAUGCAUUAUAUAACAUAAAUUAUUGCAUUUUUAUUUAUAUUCCUAUUUUUUUAAGUGCGGCAACACUGAACGUUGUACUGUAAAUUUCUGUGUUGUAUGUGAUAGGCUAAACGUGUAAUUGUCACAUUUAAUUUUAAUCUACUGUUUAUGCAUUAAAGUGCAAUAUAAAUUGUUUUGUAAAGUCGUCUGUGUAUCAAUUACUUUUAUAUUUUAUAUUUUAUUAAACUAAAAUGAUGCUUUAUUAUAUAUUUUUUCGGUCAAAAGUUUACCGAUAAUAGUAUUAAACGUGGCAAAAUUAGCAUGAAAACAGCUCUGAAAAUGAAGCUCUAUGUAUAAGUGACAGGUAUCUUCUGAUUCUGCAUCUUGUUAAAUUAAUAAUUUUUAUAUAUUUUAGUAGUUGAAAUACUGCACUGCUGACUAAUAAUGAAUCCAGAGGAAAACAUCAGUAGGAUAACCACACAUUAAUGUUGUUUAAAAAAU